CUUUUACGGGGAGAAGUUUUUACACCAGAAGAUCUUAGAUAAUUACAUACCUGCCGCCAUGGGUUUAGGUUUCGAGCUUUCGCCGUUCCAAGGCGGCGGGGCAUCCAUAAUAGCCGCAGCUUUCUACAUCCUCCUGCUUCUCGCCGUCGGUAUAACCCGUCUUUGGACCGGUUGGGUUGCUCGCUCACAGGCGCGCUGCAAGCCGGACGCGGUUUCCAGUGCUACUGCUAUAACAGCGAAGCCGGCCCCUUUAAUCCCCUACUGGCUGCCAAUCCUCGGCCACACCCCCAACUUCGUAUUCAACCACGGCAGUUUUCUCACAGGCCUUCGCGACAGCCUCCCGCACGGCGUAGCCUCACUUAACCUGUUGGGAACGACCCACGUCUUCAUCUUCCGCCAUUCGGUCGGCAGAUCGCUGCUGGCAAAGCCCAGCUCUGCUGCCGAUGCUGGCUGGCUCCGCGCCCGUCUGCUUAGCAAAGCCUUCGGUUACCCAUCCAGCGAGCUCGACGCCUACAUCAAAUUGUCGCCCCGGCUGAACGGCCUUUUCACCCGCUACCUGCUCUCGGACCCAGGCUUAACGUGCAUGGUCGCGGCCACUGCCGGGCGCCUGGCUCGCAACAUUAACCGCUUUGUCACUUUGGGCGCGGCUGAGCAAACGGUGCAGAUGGAAUGGGAGCGCGUGGCUGGGGUCGAACCUGUCACUAGCAUCGCGACUAAAAAUACGGUGGCAGGCAGAGUGCCAUACAGUGGUGCCACUAGCCACAGUAGCUACGCCAGGUCGUCGGUCGAAGCUCCCCUUGACGCCCUGGUGCGCGCUUUUGUCGGCUUCACAGCCAACCCUAGCCUGCUUGGUGACGAUUUUAUGGAAAACUUCCCCAACUUUUGGGACCUGCUCCAGGAGUUUGACAGGUCCUGGAUCCUUUUAGCCCUAGACAUUCCCCGCUGGGUGCCCUCGUUCCUGGCGCCCGGCGCCGCCGCCGCACGCGCGGCCGCCGCCCGGGCGGAAAUGAUGCGUUACAUGUGCGAGCUCGAGACGGCGCUGGACCGCCGUGCCGCCGGCCAGGACGCGGGGCCUCGAUGGCAGCGCCUCGAUACUGUUUCCGGUUUAGUGCAGGCCCGCGUAAUGCUGUACCGCGAAAUGGGCGUAAGCAUCGAGGCACGUGCGGCCAACGACCUGGGGCUCGUUUGGGCCAUGAACACAAACGCCAACAUGCUCGUUUUUUGGAUCGUGGCCCGCAUCGCCGCCGACUCGGCUCUACUCGCCCGAGUGCGUACCGAAGUGGCGCCGUACAUCGGCACGGAGGGCGGUGCGGCAAACAGUGAUCGGAGGACAGUCCGGCAUAUCGAUGUCGAGGGCCUCUGCGCCCGCUGCCCGCUGCUUAAGGCGGCGUAUGUCGAAAGCUUGCGGAUCGACGGCUCGUCGUGGAGCUUCCGGCAGGCGCGGCAAAAUCUCGUGCUAACCGACCAGCACGAGGGCGACGGGCGACUACUGGCACGGUGGCUAGUGCCCAAGGGUGCGUACGCGCACAUCGCUGAGGAGUUGCGCCACACGGACCCGCGCAUUUUCCCGGACCCCUUUACGUGGAACCACGGGCGCCAUAUCACCGUCCAAGAGGCAGUUGGACCGAUAUCUUCUGGCGUGGACGCGCAUGCAAGCAAGGGGAAGGUGGCAGUCGCCAAGAUGGGAUUGGUUCGACCAUAUGGUGGCGGUUCGUCCACCUGUCCCGGGCGUGCAUUCGCCCUUAGGGAGACCAUGGUCUUUGUGGCUGCUAUUUUGCAUCAGUACGACAUUCAUCCCGUAAAUAUCAAGCCCGACGGCUCCUGGGUGAUGCCAGCCCCUGAGUCUAGUUCAGUGGGUAUUAAAAGGGUCAAGCGACCUUUUAGGGUGGUUAUUAGGAGGAGGUUUUAAUUGCCAUCCUAAUCCCCUUUUACCGCUUCUAUCACGACACGUAGGGGCGGAUAAACAGUUGUCAUACUUUUUCAGCACCAAGAAGAUUGUUC